CUUGGACAAAAAAACAAACCCUGCAGACUCACAUAUGGUUUUUUAUUAUUAUUGAACAUACUCCAGUUCUCUGAGUACUAGGGAUAUAAUCAUGGCUGCAAAACCCAAGCUUUAUUACUUUAAUGGAAGAGGCAGAAUGGAGUCUAUCAGAUGGCUAUUAGCUGCAGCUGGUGUCGAGUUUGAUGAAGAGUUUAUAGAGACAAAGGAACAGUAUGUGAAAUUAAUUGAAGGUGGAUCCUUGAUGUUUCAACAAGUUCCCUUGGUGGAAAUAGAUGGACUUAAACUUGUACAAACAAAAGCCAUCCUGAAUUACAUAGCUGCCAGAUAUAGCCUGUAUGGAAAAAACAUAAAGGAGAGAGCAUACAUUGACAUGUAUGUGGAUGGGACUACUGACCUUAUGGCCAUGAUUAUAUAUCACUUCUUCCUGCCUGAAGUCGAUAUUGAAAACCAACGGAACGUCAUUAAAGACAAAGCAGUGAAUAGAUAUUUCCCAGUCUAUGAAAAAGUCUUAAAAGAUCAUGGGCAGGACUACUUAGUGGGAAACUGUCUUAGCUGGGCAGAUGUCCACCUGCUGGAAGCUAUUCUGAUGAUGGAAGAGUUGUACAGUGAUAUUUUAUCUGGCUUCCCUCACCUGAAGGCAUUCAAAGAAAGAACAAGUAAUAUUCCAACAAUUAAAAAAUUCCUGCAGCCAGGAAGCCAAAGGAAAUUCAGACCAGAUGAACAUUAUAUAACCACUGUGAAAGCUGUUCUUAACAUGUAAUGAAAAAUAAACAUAAACUGAUGUCAGGGUCCAUGUAUGAAAACUACAAAGAGCAGUAUAAAAGUAAUUGUCUAGAAUUAGAAAACAGCAAUGUGUCUGAUUUGUUCAAUAAAUUAUCUAUGCGGCAA